CAUCCCGUUCUGCUAGGUGAUGAUAUCUUGCGAUGCACCUUUCAGUGAAGCUUUUUUUUUUUUUUUUUUUUUAAAAAGAUGAAUCUUCCAACCAAACCAAUAAAGCUGGGCAGCAAUGGCGAGACUCCAAGGGUUCAAGAUGAUUACACAACUAUUAAAGACAUGAUGGGGAGAAGUUGUAUAUUGUUAGGGAGGGGCAGUCCGGAUGGUGAUGAUUUCCAGAUGGUUUCAGCGGGCAGGCCAUACGAAAUCCCAUCUUUGGGGAGGUGCUUGAGUGCAGCCGUAAAAAACAACAUCUGCACAAGAUUUGGUAAGUUCCCCAAGCUCUGCGUAAGAUUUUGGAAGAUUCUGCAAGCAAAUGGUAAUCUUUUACAGCAGUUUCCAAAGCCAUGGAACUUGUGUAGCCACCUUUGCAUUAAAUAUGGUUGCAAGUUGCUAAUGGCGACCGAGACAACAUCUCUGGUUAGUUUCUGGUGGGAUUUCCAGCCUUCGAUUAGCAUCAAAUGGCACUAUUUCGGGAAUCAAGUUCAUUUCCAUGUCUUUGUCACCCAACCCUUUUCUGGCGAAGUCGAGCAGCAUCGCCAACGCCAAGCUUCACAGGUGCGAGUGCCUUGCUUUGCCAAACGGGCAGCGUUCAUCCAACCAUCCCUGCCAAGUCGUUACUCUCAUAGUUUAUCCCAAAUAAUCCCCAUGAGUUUGGAUUCAUGGGCUUGUGUUUGUCUGCAGAAACAGCAAGGCAUAUGUGUGAUACCAUUGACAAAUGCUGGCCCUUCUUGCCGUAUCCACACCGUCAUAGAGUGGUCCUGGUUGUUGUUGUUCGCCGGGCACUGCAUCACCAUGCAUGGGCAACCACCAAGAGACUGUCGGUCGCUACUUGAUGGAUUUUUAUCACUAGAGAGUAGCCAUCCCAUCCGAUCACAGGGUUGCAAUUAUUACCGGUCUCAUGCUAAUCACACCGAGUUGCGCUAACUCUUUGUUCGUUGCCGGGAGCCAGUGAGAUAGAAUAUGUAGAGAUCCAAACCUUUGUCCAUUGCCGGGAGUUGGUGAAAUGUAGAAAUGUGUAGCCUUUUGUCCAUUGCUAGAGGUUAAAUGAGAUAGCAAAUUUAGCCCCUUGUCUAUCCCUGGGAGCUGUGUAGAUAUGUAGAUAUGUAGAUAUGAUAAGAUCAGCCUGUUGUCCAUUAAUGGGAACCAGUGAUAGAGAUAUGUAAAAAUAGAUGCUUGUAGUAAAGUAGGCUCCUUAUC